AUGGCAGUCUCGGAAAGUAUGAAAGCAAGUGAAACACCUGUGGUGUAUGCGGUGACGUUUGGCGAAAUGCCGCACUACACACUCGCAACGUCACAAUCGCAGGGAUUUGCAUGGAAUCAGGACAUUUUCGCUUCACAAUAUCAGCAAAUGUGCAAAGUGGUGUACGACGGACACGAAGAUUGCGUCGAUCAACUGUUGGCGUUCAGCGGGUCUGAAAGCGGAUAUGAGGUGCAGCAGCAUUUAAGUGCUGGGUCCGGUGUGUUUGAAGAAGACGAUGAGCAGGACCGAACGACGCACGAGGAUCCCAGGGUACGUCGUGUGUCGCAUGUUCUGAUGCGGCCCAGAAGAAGAUCAGAGAGAAGCGUAAGCUUUGUCUCAGAUUCGAAAAAUGGGCGUUUCCAUAGGACAGAAGUGAUAGCAAUAGACGUCGAAGAGGACACGGAAGAAAACAGGGAAUUAAAGCGGCUCCUUCGCGACAGGUGGCUAUAG